AUGAAGUCGGAAAAUUUCUUCACUGCCUUAACUAACCUCAAUCAGAGCGAACGUCAGUCAUACGUUUCGCAACUGCUGAGCAGCGAUCACGUUACGCGUCGGCGGCGCUCAUCGUGCGGCCAUUCGGAUAAGGAUAGUGUUUGUAGUUCGCGCAUCGGCGGCAARCGGCAGCGUACAAGGCACAUACCAAUGAAGUCGUCCAARAGUGCGGCGCACAAGAAAYCAAAACCGAUGGAUUAUACGAACYAUGCAUAUAAUGAGGCYGUUAGCCGGCUGAAGCUAAUGUUGGCCGAAUCAUAUGCCCCGCCCAGCAGAGGAGGUGGCGCUGGUUCUGCUGCUGGCUGCAAUGGCGCUUCGGGGGCGUAUAUGCGGCACGUGAAUGAGGACUCGACCGAUAACUACUCGGACAACUUGUCGGUCAUCGAACGUCCCGUGUAUUCGGAUAUCUCGAAGUACUUGUCGCCAGCACAGAAAUCACGCCUCAGUCCAGGC